GGCGUGCGGGGAGCGGGAUGGAGGUGGAGGAGGCGUUCUCGCUGGUGGGGCAGAUGGGCCCUUACCAGGUAUACCUGUGUGUCCUGCUGGCCGUGCUCCUCCAGCUCUAUGUGGCCACUGAAGCCAUCCUCAUUGCAUUGGUGGGUGCAACUCCUUCCUACCACUGGGAUCUCCAAGGGCUCUCAGCUAAUCAGAGCCAUGGCAACCAUUCAGUGAGUGAGCAGAGAGCUUUUGGGGAAUGGCUUCUGGCUGCCAAUGGCAGCGAGGUGCAUAAGCACAUACGCUUUGGCAGCAGCUUCACAUCCAUAGUCUCUGAGUGGUUUUUAAUUGGCAAUGCAUCAUACAAAGUCAGUGCUGCUAGUUCUUUCUACUUCAGUGGUGUGUUUCUUGGAGCCAUUUCCUUUGGCCAGCUGUCUGAUCGCUUCGGGAGGAAGAAAGUCUAUCUCACAGGUUUUACACUUGACAUCUUGUUUGGCAUUGCAAAUGGAUUCUCACCCUCAUAUGAAUUCUUUGCUGUUUCCCGAUUCUUGGUAGGGAUGAUGAAUGGUGGCAUGUCACUGGUAGCCUUUGUUCUACUGAAUGAGUGUGUGGGUACAGCCUACUGGGCAUUAGCAGGUUCUAUUGGUGGCUUGUUCUUUGCUGUGGGAAUUGCCCAGUUUGCUUUAUUAGGGUAUUUCAUUCGUUCCUGGAGGACUCUGGCUGUUGUGGUUAAUCUGGAAGGAGCAGUCGUCCUUCUCCUCUCUCUAUUCAUUCCUGAGUCCCCCCGCUGGCUGUAUUCCCAGGGCCGUCUGAACGAGGCAGAAGAUGCCCUCUACCUCAUUGCAAAGAGGAAUCACAAGCAGAAAUGCACUUUUUCAUUAAAACACCCAGCAGAGAGGAGCUCCAGAGAGGCUGGCAGCUUUAUGGACCUGUUCCGAUACAGGAUUCUCCUGGGACGCACCUUGAUCAUGAUGUUCACCUGGUUUGUGUGCAGCUUGGUUUACUAUGGUCUUACCCUUAAUGUGGGUGACUUAGGUGGAAGUAUUUAUGCCGAUUUAGCUCUGUCAGGCUUGAUAGAAAUCCCAGCGUACCCAAUAUGUAUUUACUUGAUUAACCAAAAAUGGUUUGGUCGGAAGCGAACGUUGAGUGCAUUUCUGUUCCUAGGAGGAUUGGCUUGUCUUAUUGUCAUGUUUCUGCCUAAGAAGAGAGAUACUGGAAUGUUUGCAGUGGUGAACAGUCGCUCUCUGUCUUUGCUGGGAAAACUGGCAAUAAGUGCUGCUUUUAACAUUGUCUACAUCUACACAUCAGAACUUUAUCCCACGGUCAUAAGGAAUGUUGGAAUGGGUGCCUGCUCCAUGUUUUCUCGUGUUGGUGGAAUCAUUGCGCCUUUUGUCCCUUCAUUGAAAUCUGUACAGUGGUCUCUGCCUUACAUUGUGUUUGGAGCAGCUGGUCUGUUGUCUGGGUUCUUAAGCUUAUUGUUGCCAGAGACCUUAAACAACCCUUUGCUAGAAACUAUAGCAGACCUGCAGGAGUGCUCCUACUGGAGGCUGGGUGAUGAAGCUAUGUCACUGCAAGGCCUAGAUGGCUCACAGUCUGGUGACAGAGACAGCUCUACAGGGAGUGGAAGUGAAGAUGAGUUCUAUGAUGCUGAUGAAGAGACUCAUAUGAUCAAGUAAUGAAAAGAAGAAACACUGGCCUAUUCUAUGCCUCUUCUUGCCCAGUCAGUCCAGCUGUAUGACAAGUACUGGGGACCUUGCUUGCCAGGCAAUGUAAUUGGGCAAGUGCCUGUGUUUUUCCCUACUAGGAGAGGGAUUUGACUACUGUUCAGACUGAUGACAUCACUGAUGCGUUCCAUACGAGGCAGCCAUUUCAAUUCUUGUGGUUCAGAAUGACAGUGCAUGGACUGCAUUUAAAGCCAGGUGAGACAACAAGAGUGAGAUGAUGUAUUUCAGAAGCCCAGGAAAUAACCUAGGCUUAGACAGGUUUGGACAGAUCAUCAGUGCACAUGUGUUAGUAUUUUAUUUUCAAAGUGGUGGAUUUUGUUCCAUUACAAAUUGGUAAACUUGGAAACAACCACUGUAUUUUUCCAUAAGGGUGAAAGUGGUCAGAGAAUGUGUUGUGUGUUACUCCAAUGGGAACAAAUUGCUGAAAUUGUAUGUUAAAAUGGCUUUUGCAUAUUUGGUAGAGGAGAGGCAGCUGUGAACAAAAGGUUUCUCUGUGUGCACACCUGUGCAGAGUUACAGGUGCAGCUGGUUAGUCAUGAGCUGGGCUUUAACUUAGUGAUAACGGAAGCCUGGGAGGAAGGACUACACAAAAGAGCAGCUGCAAAGCCUGUGGACAUAAGGAACGUUACUGACUUUUAACCUUCUUUUCAUACACAAAACUUUUUCUUGGUCUAUCUUGUGCCUGUGUUUGCCAUGUGUUCCCCACAUCUUAGCAUGGCUGUUUAUUGCUUUGCCUACUUUUACCUUGUCCUCACUUUGCCAUAACUAUUGAAGCUCAACAACUUCUCUGUGCAGUCAAAUAAUUCUGUGAUGGAUAUCAUUUCCUGGGUGUGACAAAGGUGAGGUAUUUAUCACAUACCUUGUGUGUGUGGUGUGUUAGAAUGUAUAGCUCAUUUUUCUGGACCUGUCUGUGUCUUUAUUUCUGGAAUGGCUUAACUCUAAAUGGUAAGAGGAACUAUAGGGUGCUGCUAUAUUUCGGAUGUUGUUGUCAGGAAGCUGCUAGUGUUUAUUUUCAAAUCUUGUAUGUAGCUACGGUUUUCCUUCAGAAAGAAAACAAAUAUCUUUGGAUCUUUUUGGUUACUUGAUGUUUUUUAACCAGUGCUUGCUUAAGCACUCGGUUUCUUGACCUUCUUAAGGAAAACAAUUUAACUUUUCUGUUUUCACUGAACUUUCUGUAAGUGCUUCAUUAGAGGGGUAUGGAAUCCUGAAAUAUGAAACAUGAACAUGUGAAAUGUUCAAACUACAAAAAUGAGGCCUUACAAAGAUUCCGUUUUCUUGAUUACAUUGCCAUCUUCAUCCUCUAACCAGUGGCUUUCUCUUUGUUAAGAUUUGUUUCCAUAAAAUGUUAGUCUUCCUACUUUGAGUUCCUAGUAAAGUGCCACACAAUGACAGCAAAUAUAUUUUCAGGUUCGUGAGCCAUUUUUGCAGACCUUAGAAUUAAAAAGGUGGGUCUAAAAGUAUCAAAAUGCUGUCUGCUGAAUAUUUCCUGAUUAAAUUGAGAAGUUCUUUUACUCUGCAAGGAGGUGAAAGUAAACAGCAUCUGAAAUUUGCAGCUAGCUGCUUGAACUUUGUUCACUGGGAAGCGUAAUGCUGAGCAAGGUGCAGCUGCCCUGGUUGGUGUAGAAGGCAACUCAGAGUCUGCAGUUUCACACAUGCAGCAAUCCAGUUGGAUGUGAACUUGAUCCAGGUGUUGACUGUGAGCAAAGAUGGGAACUUCAGUCCCUAUGGACAGUCUGUCAGUAUUGUUGAGUUUUUUGCCUGUAUUAUGAGUGUCACUGGAAGAAUUCUCACUCAUGGUCUUUGCUUUUUUUCCACCCCCCCCGACUCAUGAGUGGUUGUUGUAGAAGUGGUACUUUUUAACCCAGCUGGGUAGUCUUUCUGCCUUAUUUGGCCCUUCUGUGUAUAAGAAAAUUUCACCAAAUAAGGUACUCAGAAAUAGUGAGAAAAAUUGAAUUUAUUAAAAUAUUUUUAAAUUUUUUAUUCACACUUUAAUUUAUGGACGGCUGGGAAAAUGACUUUUUAUUGCUGAUGGCAGACAGCAGUAAGCCUGGAAGUAUUAACAUGUUGGCAAGAGCCAAUAGUUGUUUCUAGGUGUUUGUUGCCUCUGUCCCUCUUUGGGUGGAAUAAGUCAGAAACUGUCGUUAUCUUCUCCUGGCAACUUUGUGUAAUGCCUCAAGACCCUCAAUAGAACUUUCAUUAACAGUAGAAUGCUGUAAUGGUUCGGGUGGAGAAGAUUACUCUUUACAGGACCUGAGCUAGAUUUUGUUAGUCUUCAACUAAAAAUUAAAUUUACCUUUUCACUCAUGCUCUUUUAUAUCAUUGGUAUACAUAUGUAAAAUUGCAAAAACAAGAGUGAAGGCAUAAUUAGCAAAUUUUUGGCGUAGGAAUUGCUGCUUUUUUUUAAACCUUAAAUCUGUCCUGUGUUUUCACCUUUGGAAUUUUGAAGGGAAUAUUUAAAAAGGAAUUUUAAAUCUUCCAUUGUUACUUUCCCAUAUCAGUUAAUUCAGAAAGUUUAGAGCAGAGAAACCCUGCAGGAGGAGCUCAGCAAUGUAACAUAAGACUUUGCUCUCCAGCUUUGUGUUCUGAAGUUCAAAUCCAUAAAGGUGCAUAAAGUUUCUUUUCUGAGGCUGUUCAUUUUUAGUAUGAGCUGGCCUUCUGGUACAGAAACCUGUAGGAUCAAUUUUCUUCUUACCGAUGAUAUAUAAUUCUUUACAAUAUUGAGAUACAACUAUCUCAGUGUCUGGGGUAGUAAGUUUGCUAUGAGGAGCUAUUGGAAAGCAGAGGAUGAUGCAGCACUGGAUAGUCAGUUUACUGCAUAUUGUAGUGCUAGGAAUCUGAGACCAAGGUUCUUGCUAUAGUUUAGUGCAGUAUAAUAAUCUUCUGCCAAGUUUUUGCUAGAAUAGCCAGUACUCUUAGCUAUUUUCAUGUUGUGCAGGUGCUAAGAUACCACUUUUCCCAAGAUAGAAUUUCUUCUCUGGAUUCCUUUAUCUGUGGUUUUCUGUGUUUUUAUUUUCAGGUAGCUCACUUACUGGGUUUUUGCUAGAGAGAAGAGAGCCUUUCCCAUAAUGCUGAUUAGUCAUGUCUCAGCAGAAUCCCAAACAUACCUCACCUACCUGGGGAGCUCACAAGUGAUAAGUGAAUACAUCUAAGAGUGAAGGAGAGUGACAGGUCAUGAGAGGCAGCAUGGAGGAGAAUGAGCUGGAAGAAGUAAAAAAAAAAAAAAAAAAAAAAAGUUGGAUUCAACUGAAACACUUUAGGGCAAGGGUAAAUAAAGCACAAAAUAGCAGCUGUUGGGUAGAAAUACCAUUCUUGCUCCUUGUCUUGACUUGAAGUUUUUGCUUUCAGAGCUAGUAUUGGUUCUAGAAUGUCAUAUUGGGGAUAUCAGUUUCAUAAUUUCCUUUUUAAUAUCCACUGUGUCCAGCACUGCCUCUUCAGUGAUGAAACGUUUAUUUGGAUCAAAAUAAAAUGUGGCCUGCCUCUUUUC